UAAACACGUCACUCGCCAAGCUGACUGGCUAGUAUUUGGCGGUGUGGUGUGUGUGGUCGGACUGUGGUUGUGUUUCAGGUCUGGUCGUGUUGAUAACGACACACUUCGGUCGCAUUUCAUCGCGGAGAGAUGGGAAUUCUGAAGAAAUGGCUCUAAAACGAAUUGCCCUAACGUUGCUGGCCCUGUUCGGGUUAGUGGCUGUCGGUAACGCUCUACGUUGUAACUGCACAAACUGUGAGAAGACAGGCUAUGAGUGCGAGACAGAUGGUGCCUGCAUGGCCUCCACAUACUUCAUCCAGGGGAAUGAGCAACACGUACGCAUCUGUAUCAAGCGGGAUAACCUGAUCCCCCCUGGGAAACCUUUCUACUGUCUGAGCACUGAAGGCCUGCUCAACACACAUUGCUGCUAUGAAGAUUACUGCAACAGUAUUGACCUGAAAAUCCCCGUCCCAACAAAAGAGGGGGACUGGUCAGGCUCAGGAAGCUCCUGGGGGCCGGUGGAGCUGGUGGCGGUCAUUGCAGGGCCCGUGUUCCUUCUCUGUGUGCUACUGAUGGUUGGCGUGUUCCUGUUCCAGUAUCAUCAGAGGGCCUACAGCCACAGGCAGAGGCUGGAGGUAGAGGACCCAUCCUGUGACCAUCUGUACUUGGCCAAGGACAAGACCCUGCAGGACCUCAUCUAUGACAUGUCCACCUCCGGAUCAGGCUCUGGUUUGCCGCUGUUUGUGCAGCGGACAGUGGCUAGGACCAUCGUGCUGCAGGAUAUAAUAGGAAAGGGUCGCUUUGGUGAGGUGUGGCGGGGGAGGUGGAGGGGAGGAGAUGUGGCGGUGAAAAUCUUUUCAUCCAGAGAGGAGCGCUCCUGGUUCAGAGAGGCUGAGAUCUACCAGACAAUCAUGCUGCGCCACGAAAACAUCCUAGGAUUCAUUGCAGCAGACAAUAAAGACAAUGGCACAUGGACUCAGCUGUGGCUGGUGUCAGACUAUCAUGAGUACGGCUCUCUUUUUGACUACCUGAACCGCUACUCUGUCACCAUCGAGGGCAUGAUCAAACUGGCACUGUCAGCUGCCAGCGGCCUGGCACACCUACACAUGGAGAUCCUCGGCACUCAGGGUAAGCCUGGCAUUGCUCACCGCGACCUCAAGUCUAAAAAUAUCCUGGUUAAGAAAAACGGCAUGUGUGCCAUAGCUGACCUCGGCCUGGCAGUCCGCCAUGAGUCCAUCACAGACACAAUCGAUAUAGCACCGAACCAGCGCGUGGGCACUAAGAGGUAUAUGGCUCCAGAAGUCCUGGACGAAACCAUCAACAUGAAACACUUUGAUUCCUUCAAGUGUGCCGACAUUUACGCGCUGGGCCUGGUGUACUGGGAGAUUGCGCGUCGCUGCAAUGCAGGAGGUAUCCAUGAGGAGUACCAGCUGCCCUACUACGACCUCGUGCCCUCUGACCCUUCCAUAGAGGAGAUGAGGAAGGUGGUGUGUGACCAGAAACUGAGGCCUAAUGUGCCCAACUGGUGGCAGAGCUACGAGUCACUGCGUGUGAUGGGGAAGAUCAUGAGGGAGUGCUGGUACACCAAUGGAGCAGCCAGACUGACGGCCCUGCGCAUCAAGAAGACUCUGUCUCAGCUCAGCGUGGAGGAGGAUGUCAAGAUGUGAGUGGCCAGGCGGCGAAAAAGACGUGCUGGAGACGCACAGCCAGACCGCACUCCCAUAGGAAACAAACACUAAAGACAGACUGCAAAAGAAAAACCUGCCAGUUUUAAAGCCACACUCCAAGUUGUGACGAGGCCUACCUCACCUUUUUAGCCAAAACUACUGAGAGUCACCCUUCCCCUCCCGACUUUUCUCUCCCCCCGCCUCCCUUUUGUCCCUCGUGUCUGCUCCCCGUUCCCUUCGACCCCCAUGGGCCACAAACACUACAGUGCUACCACUGUUAAUAUCAUCAAACUCAACCUUUUUUUUUUUUUUGUUUUCAUUUCCCAUGGCAGGAAUUAUUAUUAUUAUUAUUAUUAUUAUUAUUGUACAGUGAUGGGAUUUUUUGUUUGAUCUUUUUUACCUCUUUGAAAUCUGUCCCAUGACGGACUAACCUUGUCCAGAAGAGUCAAGAACGUUGUGGGUUUUUAAGUUUUUUAAGAAUAACACUUCAUAUUCUGUUGGCCACGAAACAUUGUGUGUGUGCGUGUGUGUGUGUGUGUGUGUGUGUGUGUGGAGGAAAGAGGCUGAAGCACUGUUUCUAGUCGUGUAUGUAAAAGGUGUCUGGACUACUAGCAUGUUUCUAUGACACUAAGAUGUCCUGUGGUAUAGGCUGUAGUUCAUUAGACAAAACCAGUAAUGGGACAUUUGGUAAUUAAGCAUGAACAGCCAGAUUUUACUUUUUAAUCCCUCACUUGAAUAUCCUACAAACAAAAAUUCAUUGCACUCAACUGUAGCUUCCUCAUCACAUGUGAGACCUGCAGGUAUCACAAACCAGAUGUGGUCCAGUCCUGGUGUUUAGUUUGAAAUGUGGCAGGGAUAAUGUUUGGGAUGGUUUCACUUUUAUUUAUUUGUUGAUAGUCUUUAUUUCAUAUUGAUGAACACUGUGAGAUGAGAUGUGACAAGCCAGAGUCUUGAUAUGAAAAUUAACGUUUUAGUUUCAGUCCAAGUCUUCAUCUUUCAGACGUUUAGAUUAAGGGGUUGUUGCAUUCGUUUAAUAAGAUACAAGAGUGCAAAUAUGGAUGUAGCCAGAACCCCGUUGGUGACAGGCGAUGACAUCAUGCACACUGAGCAAAUAAGAGGCGUAUGAAAUGGCAAUGAAAAAUACAGUUUUUUGAAAAAAAAAAAAAAAAUCUUUGUGUUUUGUGUAAAGACAUCAUGAUGGGUGUUUUCUUUUGACUUUGACAUUAGACACUACUGAUGAUGGGUACAUAUGAUUUGUAUAUAAAACAUUUUUCCUUUUUUAUGCCAUAAGCACCAGUGUGACAUUUGAACAGUGAUUUUGCUUGAAUGGUACUUUCAGAAGUCUGUUGUUUGAUCUGUCUGCAUGGUUUCUAACUGUGCCAGGAAAUAGACUGUAUCAUCUGCUGGAAUUUGUUUUUAAACUUGCUCCUCUCAUGGCAAUUUGGUGGUACUACUGAUCCCAGAUAAUUUUGCUGCAACUUCUGUGUUUUUUUUUUUUGUUUGUUUUUUUUUGUUUUUUUUUUUUGUAUAAUUGUUGGAAUUGCUUGUUGAGUUGUUUCACGAGCUCAGCAAUGCAGAUCUGCUUUCUACAUAUGUCCUCCGGGGUGACAUCUCUUUCUCAUACACACUGGAAUAUUUAGGAGCAUCUUGUAACCUUGAAUUCUGAUACUGCCAGUGGCUCUUCAGAAACAAAGACAGCUGCUGACAGUUCACACACAGAGAACAUAUGGUUAGAUAUGAAAAGUAGUUGAGAUGUUUUACCUUCAAAGACUGACAUGCUGUAAAGUGAAACUGCAUGUUUUCAUUCUACUUUGUCGUCUGCAGCUUCGAGUCUGUCUGCAGACAAAACUAUGAAACUAAGUAUUACACUGACAUUUGUCACCAUUGGGCUCUGCACUGUUAUGUCCCCAUGGACUUUAGUUAAUGUUAGUUAUGUCAUCACUUGAUCCAGAAUCCACGUGUCAUGUUAUUAUCCAUUUUGCAUGCUGUCUCAAACACUGGGUCCUCUGCACUGAGGUAGUUGAACUUAAGACUGGUCUUUCCCUCUUCCUACCUGUUGUUUUUCUUUCAUUUCUUUUUGUUCGGGUCGUUGGCUGUGUACCCCAGAAAUGUUGCUGCUACUGUUAACAUGGGUAGAAGUUCAGCAGGCUGAUUCGGAGAAGGAGAGCUGGGAUGGGAAACAGAUGACUGCUGUCAGUUGAACCAAAAUUGUCAAAACACUCCUGUCCAUGUUUGGUUUGUUGCCAUGGGUAUAUGACCAUCAGACAUCCUGUUCAUAAGUAAUACUUCAAGAUUUCAAAAAUCAUGUUGUGCAAAUCUUUUCAGAAUUAGUUGAAAAGUGUAUAUAGAUGAUAUACAUUAAAUUCCUCUUUUUCUUA